AUUACUUUUCAGCUUCUACACAGACAAAUUCUACCCAGGUUCCAAAUCUGGCAGCAAAUGUUCAAAACCCGCCACCAAAUACACCACCCAUGAUAGUAAUGGCGAACACGAUACCAAAUCUUGCAAUAUCAUUUGGAACGGCACCAAUUAAUUAUCAAUGA